AUGACCGGCGUCGGCGUCGUGACGGUGAUCAUGGUUGUGGUCGCCGCGUCAGCGGCGCUGGCUGCGGCGGCGGCGGCGGGAAGAGGAGCGAGGGCGGCCGCUGAGGACGAAAGAGGCAACACGCCGGCGGGCCGCAGAGAGGUCACGUACGACGGCAGGGCGCUGAUCCUGGACGGCGUCAGGAGGAUGCUCUUCUCCGGCGAGAUGCACUACCCUCGCAGCACGCCUGAGAUGUGGCCGGACAUCAUAGCAAAAGCCAAGAAAGGUGGCCUGGAUGUCAUUCAAACAUACGUCUUCUGGAACGCACACGAGCCUGUUCAGGGGCAGUUUAACUUUGAGGGAAGAUACGAUCUGGUGAAAUUCAUCAGAGAAAUCCAUGCUCAAGGUCUCUAUGUAAGCCUCAGAAUAGGCCCCUUCAUCGAGUCGGAGCGGAAAUACGGAGGCGUGCCGGUGUGGUUGCACUACGUGCCAGGAACGGUUUUCAGGACAAACAAUGAGCCAUUCAAGAGCCAUAUGAAGAGUUUCACGACAUACAUUAUGAAUAUGAUGAAGAAAGAGCAGCUCUUCACUUCUCAGGGAGGGAACAUUAUCCUAGCUCAGAUAGAGAAUGAGUAUGGAGAUUAUUAUGAACAAGCAUAUGCACCUGGCGGCAAGCCAUACGCGAUGUGGGCAGCUAGUAUGGCUCUUGCUCAAAACACUGGUGUCCCUUGGAUUAUGUGCCAGGAGUCUGAUGCUCCUGAUCCUGUGAUAAACUCUUGUAAUGGUUUCUACUGCGAUGGAUUCCAGCCAAAUUCACCAACCAAGCCAAAACUUUGGACUGAGAAUUGGCCAGGCUGGUUCCAGACUUUUGGUGAAAGUAAUCCCCACAGACCACCUGAAGAUGUUGCAUUCGCUGUUGCACGUUUUUUCGAGAAAGGUGGCAGCGUUCAGAAUUACUAUGUGUAUCAUGGUGGCACAAAUUUUGGUCGCACUACUGGGGGGCCAUUCAUUACAACUAGCUAUGACUAUGAUGCACCAAUUGAUGAAUAUGGCCUCAGGAGAUUUCCAAAGUGGGCACAUCUGAGGGAUCUUCACAAAUCUAUAAGAUUGUGUGAGCACACCCUGCUUUAUGGAAACACAACGUUUCUUUCCCUGGGGCCUAAACAAGAGGCUGAUAUUUACAGUGACCAGUCUGGAGGAUGUGUUGCAUUCCUGGCAAACAUUGAUUCAGCCAAUGACAAAGUUGUCACUUUCCGUAACAGGCAAUAUGAUCUUCCUGCUUGGUCAGUUAGUAUUCUUCCUGACUGCAGGAAUGUGGUGUUCAACACUGCAAAGGUGCAAUCUCAAACUUCGAUGGUGGCCAUGGUCCCAGAAAGUUUGCAAGCAUCAAAACCUGAGCGAUGGAGCAUUUUCAGGGAGAGAACUGGGAUUUGGGGUAAAAAUGACUUUGUCCGAAAUGGAUUUGUGGACCAUAUUAAUACAACAAAGGACUCCACUGACUACCUAUGGUACACAACAAGUUUUAGUGUGGAUGAAAGUUACUCCUCGAAAGGGAGCCAUGUUGUCCUCAAUAUCGACUCCAAAGGCCAUGGUGUCCAUGCUUUCCUGAAUAAUGAGCUUAUAGGUAGUGCAUAUGGUAAUGGCUCACAAUCAAGUUUCAGUGUGAAAUUGCCUAUCAACUUGAGGACUGGGAAGAAUGAACUUGCCCUUCUAAGUAUGACUGUUGGUUUACAAAAUGCAGGAUUCUCUUAUGAAUGGAUAGGAGCGGGCUUUACAAAUGUGAACAUCUCUGGUGUGAGAAAUGGAACCAUAGACUUAUCUUCAAAUAAUUGGGCAUACAAGAUUGGACUGGAAGGGGAACAUUAUGGUUUAUUCAAGCCCGAUCAGAGAAGUAACCAACGGUGGAUACCGCAAUCUGAGCCACCGAAAAACCAACCUUUGACAUGGUACAAGUUAAAUGUUGAUGUUCCAAAAGGAGAUGACCCAGUUGGGAUAGACAUGCAGUCUAUGGGGAAAGGCUUGGUUUGGUUGAACGGAAAUGCCAUCGGGAGGUAUUGGCCCAGGACUAGUUCUAUUGAUGAUAGGUGCACUCCCAGUUGUAACUACAGGGGAGAAUUUAAUCCAAACAAGUGCAGGACAGGUUGUGGACAACCAACUCAGAGAUGGUACCAUAUCCCACGGUCAUGGUUUCAUCCCUCAGGGAACAUCCUUGUGGUCUUUGAGGAAAAGGGUGGGGAUCCCACGAGGAUCACAUUCUCAAGAAGAGCUGUGACAAGCGUGUGCUCCUUUGUGUCAGAGCACUUUCCUUCCAUAGACUUGGAGUCCUGGGAUGAAAGUGCCACAAACGAAGGCACAUCCCCAGCCAAAGCACAGUUGUCUUGCCCCGAGGGUAAAAAUAUAUCUUCCGUAAAGUUUGCGAGCUUGGGAACCCCUAGUGGAACUUGUAGAUCAUACCAAAAGGGGAGCUGCCACCACCCGGACUCCUUAUCUGUUGUUGAGAAGGCCUGUCUGAACACCAAUAGCUGUACAGUCUCCCUGUCAGACGAGAGCUUCGGGGAGGAUUUAUGCCCUGGAGUCACCAAAACACUCGCCAUCGAAGCGGACUGUUCUUAG